UGGGCUAGCUAGCUCAGCCAGCCCAGCUCCUUCCAGAAGCGCAGUAGUCUCCUGGGGCUCUCACAGGCUUCUAGGAGCGUCCUCGGCUUCCUGAGGAUUGACGCCCGGUGUUCUGCAACGCUCGUGCAUUCCAGGAUUACAUGAGCGGCCGUUUCAUCUGUUUCCAGACAUCCUCUGCAUAGAGAGCUAUCUGUAACGCGUAUGGUUAGUAAAUGCUUGUUAAGUAGGUUUGUUGCAAAUAUAUCGAUGUAUCGAUAUAUCGAUAUCUUUUGUUCGAUAUAUCGAUAUUUUUUGCCGAUAUAUUUUGAUUCGAUAUAUCGAUACAUCGAUACAAAAUAACCAAUAUCGAAAUUCGUAUCAAAAACGAUAUUUUUUUAAUUAUUAGCGGCAUAUCACGAUCUAACUAAAUUCGUAUCUGGAAAAAUCAUAACUGGAUCUCAGAUUAAUAAUAUUCAACAUAUCUAUGAUCUGUGCUGUAUUUAGUAUUGUCUAUGUCAUCAUUCGAAAAUAGGGUCUAUUUUUAGGGAGAUAAUUUUCGUUCCAUUAUUAUUCCGCGUGCCAUAUUUCGUGAGCUACUGUACAAUAUUUUUGGGAAAAUUGGUCCGAUAUAUCGAUAUAUCGAUGUUUUUUUCGCGAUAUAUCGAAGCCGAUAUUGAUAUUUUUUAAAAUAUCGAUAUUUUUUUCAACUUUCGACAUCCCUAUUGUUAAGUAGGCAGUGCCCUGUUAUGGUGCCUAGCUUUACUAUCAUUUCUAUUAUGUUGCCUUAAACGUACACUGCUGUCAGUAUAAAAGCAAUCUUUUGAGCUGCGCUAUCGCAGUCUCAGUCAUUUUAUAAUGUCGUCCAUUUAUGAGUGACACCAAAAACAAGUUCAACCGUUUUUUUUUAUUCAAGUUAAAGUAAGCUUAACUUGGCGCCGGUGUAUACAAACAACGCGUGAAUUUUAAUUGUUCACAGACGAUGUUGUUCCUGAUAUGGUGCCUGACAGUGGUAACGGCGUUAGUGCUGUACCUCAAACAGAAGUACUCGAGGUUUUCAAAGUAUGGUGUGAAACAAUUAACCCCAGUCCCAUUGCUGGGCAAUUUAACAAGAGUCGUUUUUCGCUUCGAACACUUCACCGACAACAUUUUCAGGAACUACAUGGAGUUUCCUGACGAGAGGUUUGUUGGACGGUACGAGUUUGUGAACCCUAUGGUAGUGAUAAAGGACAUCGAGUUGAUAAAGAAGGUAGCAGUGAAGGAUUUUGAGAACUUCCUGGAUCACAGGACUCUGGUGGAUGAGGAGACUGACCCAAUCUGUGGAAGAAACCUGUUUUCUUUGAAUGGUCAAGAAUGGAAGGACAUGCGAUCAACUCUAAGUCCAGCGUUCACAAGCUCCAAGAUGAGACAAAUGUUGCCAUUUAUGGUGGAAGUUGGUAACCAGAUGAUAGAAAGCCUCAAAAACAAGUUCAAGCAAGCAAAAACUCAAACAAUCGACGUGGACUGCAAAGACCUGACAACUCGAUUUGCUUGUGACAUUAUAGGCACAUGUGCUUUUGGUCUGAAGGUGGAUUCGUUUGUUGAGGAGAAGAAUUAUUUUUAUGAAAUGGGAAAGUUGAUUUCCCAUGUAGACUUAAUACAAUUGCUACUGUCCUUCGCCUUGUUUAAUUUUCCAAACAUCGUUAAGGUAAGAAACCACCUUGAUCGGAAUUAAUUUUAGAAAUCGAUACAACAGCAGACUAUUCUACGCAAUAUUGUUACGGUUCUGUGUUUUCUAAAUUAAUUAAUUAAAUACAUUGUAAUGUAAAAAAAUAUGCAAUUAACAAUCCAUCAAAAUAAAUGCUUGUUAUAGUAUAAUUAUGUACUUAUGUAAUGUUUUAGGCUACGAGGUUCGCAUUGUCCAAAGACGUGACAACAAAGUUUUUCAAACACCUCGUAAUGAACACCAUGAGCGAGCGGGAGUCGCAGCAGAUCAUCCGGCCAGACAUAAUCCAUCUACUCAUGGAAGCCAAGAAAGGUUACUGCGAUUCCUACAUGAACGAAGACAUUUGGUGACUCAUUUCUUUGUCGUAGUAUUCGUAACUAGACUGUCCGCGCUUAUGUUCCCUCCUUCCUACAAUCUGAGAUCUGUUAAAAAAUACUUGCAGGCCAGGAAGGUGAGAAUGGUUGGUAUGGCAGUCCAUAACUACUGCACCAGCUAUUUUCGCGUCUCUAUUGGUUCACUUCCCUCCUUCCUACAAUCUGAGAUAUGUUAAAAGAGACUUGCAGGCCAGGAAGGUGAGACUGGUUGGUGUGGCAUUCCAUAACUGCUGUAUCAGCUAUAUUCGCGUCUCUAUUGGUUCACUUCCCUCCUCCCUACAAUCCGAGAUUUGUUACGAGAGACGUGAAGAUAGGAGGAAGAAAGAAGGUAGGCUCAAGAUAAGGUCUGAUGUAUACUAAAAGGUUUUCUAAAGUCUUUAAGUAUAAUUUCUUAUACCUAGAUGUAAAUAAAAAUUAAUUUACGGUGUCCUUAAUCAAGUUAAUAGUUCAGUGAUUAUGAUUCAUCACGAUCACGAUCAUGAUUACCGCAUGAUGAUUAUACUUAGAUUUAAGUUCAAGAAGUACUUAAUAAUAGAGUGAGCAAUUCAUAUAUUUAAGACACAGACUAGCUUGAACAAAUUGUUCGCUACUACAAUUAAAUGAACAGUGAGAAGGCAAAUUCGCUUAUACGCCACUUUGGUAUAAAAUGAGUUACAUAUAACAUUUGAAUCACAUUUUUUUCUGCGUCGAUCUGUUUAUAUUUCUUGAAAAUUUGAGUACUUUUUUGGCGCUUAAGCAACUAAAUUUUCUGAAGAUUUUUAUUGUUCCCAACGCUGAAGCGACAUUCAAUUUUGGUGUUUUUUCGAACCAAUGGCUCAUACGCCCUACUAUUUCGCCUAUGAUUUGAUGUUUGCUUCACAAAAAAUGUAUGGCGUAUGUAAUGUAUGUGAAAAAACAACUUAUCCUAGUUUCCGUAAAGUUAUUAAAGUGGCCGUUUAAGCGAUUUUGCCUUAUCACUGUCGAAAUGGUAACGUGACGGGCUUCCUAAACUUGAGCUUGUGGUUGUGGUGUUUGCUACAUCUUCCUCGGUUUCUGAUUUACCCUAAGGAUCAGAUUUUUGUUUUGGAUUAAGACAUUUUUAAAGCGAACAAUUAUUUAAGGCUAUUUUUGGUAAAUAGCUAAUUAACGAUUUUUUAUUUGGACAACAGGGAGGUUGUUAAAUGACGAGAAGACUACAAAUGGCAAAACCGAUGAUGGAUUUGCCACUGUCGAAGAAACUAAUGCUGGCAAAAAGAAUACUGACACAGGUAAAGCUUAUUCCUUUUGACUAAUAACCCUUAGAAGAAGUAAGAUUUGAUCCGUAUAAUUUUUAGAAGAAAACAAUUGACAGUUAUCUUAAGAAUACAAUAGUCGAAGUUGAGAUUGCUAACAUUUGAAAAAUCUACUUUAAAUCUAAAGA